AAACUGCGUUUAUUUGAUUAAAAAAGCAGUAUAACUUUCUUUUUGUGACUUUUUACAAUUAACUUUCUUUCUAUUUUAAUACAUUGUGAAAUGUAGUUCAGUGUCACAAUGCUAUUUCUUCACAAAUCACUCUAUAUGCUGAUUUGGUGCUCACAAAAUAUUUCUUAUUAUCAGUGGUGAUAUAUUUGUGGAAGCCAUGACGCGUUUCAGAAUAUUUUUUAAUGAAUAUAACGUUCAAAACGUUUUUCUUUGUUGAACAAUAAAAAUAAAAAAUAAAACUAUUUCUCUAUUAAAAAAAAAAAAAAAAAAAAUCAUACUUGACUCUAAACUGUUGAAUUCUAGUUUCCGAUGAGCAUUUUCAUUGUCACAAUGUGUUUACUUUGCAUUGAUCACCUAGAAAUGUUGUUAGUUUGUUAUAAUGUAUUUGUUUAAGAUGAUAAAACAUGGUUUAUUUAUUUUUAGAAAUUAUUUAAAUACCCAAAUACUGUAUGGCCACUGUAUAAAAUAAUAAUAAUAAUAAUAAAUGAAGUAGUUAUUGUAAAUACUGUAAAUGUGUCGCUCCACCGCUGCAUGUGACGCCAUGGCUGGGCGGGGCUUGUUUUCAAACCCAGACGCAGGCUCACAGCAACGAAGAUGGCGGCGCUAGGGUCCGCCAAAUCCGCUGGACUGGGGCAGAGAAGCGCUCCUCUGAGUCUGGAGGAGGCCCGGUGCCCGGUGUGCUCCGAGAUACUGCUGGAGCCGGUGACGAUGCCGUGUGGACACUCGGUGUGCCUGCACUGUUUCCAGCGCACGGUGAAGCUGACCAGCCUGUGCUGUCCGCUGUGCCGGCUGCGGGUGUCCAGCUGGGCCCGCAAACAGUCCCGGGAGAAGAGCCUGGUGAACGCCGAGCUCUGGGAGCUGAUCCGCCUCAGCCAUCCGGAGAGAUGCAGGCGGAGGAUGGAGCAGAGAGACGGACAGACCGCCGACGGAGACAUUUUCCGUGCACCUGUACCAAUUCAUAAAUCUGGAGAAAUGCGUCAAGAGUAUGAGAAACAAAAGACGAAGGGUGGAAGCAGUGAAGAAACAGAAGAGAGAAAGAAAAAAAUCCACAGAAAAGAAGAGUGUGGGAUGCUGAAACUUUGUCAAUAUCCUUUCUGUGGGGUGUCAGACUCUGAGAAUGAAGAGCCAGUGGGAAAGAGGACCAGACAUGUCUCGGCAUUUGUUCGAAAAACAAGAUGUUCCCCUGCUUUCAAUAGAGGUUGUCUUCAUAGCAGUGCUGUUCAGAGGAGCAGGAGCUGUACAGAUUCUGAGGAUGGAAGAGGAAAAACCAGAAGUCACACACAUCAAGCCGUUCCUGACAAGGCAAUCAUCACUCAUAGUUACAACGCUGGAAUCCUUCUCUCCUCGGAAAACAGUCGCUCUUUCUCAGCCCCGGUAUUGAGCCUCGAUAAGAGACACCACUGGCGGGGCAUCCACACCUCAUCCGCGUCACUCGUGCUUCAAACGAAACCAGAGAGGUCCAUUAGCCCCGAGAGCAAUGAUAGCAUAUCGGAAGAACUCAACCAUUUCAAGCCUAUUGUCUGCUCGCCGUGCACUCCACCCAAAAGGUUGCCCGAUGGGCGACUUCUGGAGCCUACGAUCGUGAAGUCAACCCCUAGGAACUUGACACGCACUCUGCACAAGUCCACAAGCUACGAGGCCAGCCCGACCAUCUUGCAGAAGUGGAAGCAGAUCGAAGUUGAUCGUCAAUGCAUCAAGGUGACCUCAAAAGGUACAGUCACGAGUCCGAUCGCAGAGGAUCUAAGCCUUAAACUGAGUCCCGUUGAAGAACAUGACAGCCGACUCUGCAGCUGUGCUGUAGCCAAGGACAGCUCGCAGGAUCAUCAGUGCAUUUGUGAUUCAAGUGCUAAGGAUCGGAAGGAUAAACCUGCAAUCUGUAAUAAACGACGGCUUGUAUUUGAUCAGUGUAACAAAGAGGAAGGUACACAGCCUGCUAGCGCUCACAUCAGGUCGACAACUCAAACCAUUGCAGAUACUUUAACCACAAAAAGGCGAAGCAGAUGUGAAGAAUUCUGUAAACCCACAGAAAUUUGUGAAGCGAUGCUUGAUAAACACGCUGGACACUGUAAUCAGGGUACAAAAGACCCCGAGAACUUCGCAAAUGAGCCUACCACCAGGAGCUGUGUACUUAACAGACCUACCUCAAGAAGGGGCAAGAAGAGAAGCCACAAAACCAAACAUUUGGAAGACACCCUACAGACAAAAAUGUCCCGGACAGGUGCUUAUGACAGGCUUGAUGAUAUGAUUGUCCAGCGAAUGAAUCAGGAAAAGGAGGACCGAGAACUGGCACUAAAGCUACAAAGACAGUUUGACAGAGAAUGUCAAAAAGUGGACAGACACAAAAUGAGUCGUAACAAAUACGAACUCCGGUCCUGGGCUACAAAUGAUGGGACGGUAGGAUACAAUACACGCAGAUCAGGAAGAAUCUCCAAAAGAAACGAGCACUUUAACUACAGCUGUUAAAGGGAACCUCCGGUUAUGGUAAUGUUUUAUUGUAAUGAUCUGUUGCAGUCACAAACAUUUUCUUUGUUGAGGCACUACAGAGGCUUUCUAACAUCUGGAUUAGUAUUGCAAGAUAAGGUAUUUACUUUUUUGGCUUUUCAUCCAAAGCAACUUGCAUUGAUUGAGUCCACCUAGAGCAGAGGUGGCCAAUCCUGUUCCUGGAGAUCUUAAAAAGUUCAGCUUAAACCCUGAUCAAACACAACUGAACCAGCUAAUUAAGAUCUUCAGGAGCAUUAGAUGAUUACAGACAGCUGUGUUUGAUCAGGGUUGGAUCUGAACUCUGCAGGUCGGUCUCCAGGAACAGGAUUGGGCGCCCCUGUCCUAGAGCAAGCUGGGGUUAAGUGCCUUUGCUUGGGGCAAAAUGGUGUGACAAGUUUGGACUCUCAGCAACUUUCCCAUGUAUGGGGAUCUGGAUUUGAAGCUGCAAUGUUUUGUUUCAAGCUCUGUUACUGUUAAACUGGCUUCUACUACUCAAAAAGAGAGGAAACUAUGUAUAUGUUGUUUGGGGGAAGAAAAACAUACAGAAUUAUUUAUAAGGCUUUUUAGUACUUCAAGCCAGUGACGACAGUACUCCUUACAAUCUCUUUGUGCUCAUCACAAUCACAAUUGCUCCUCAAGAAGUUUAUUUGCAUGUUUAAAGGUUAUCAUAGGACAUUUGUUGAAACUGAAGGUGUUUUGUACAAAAUUGUAGCAUAACCAUUUUUUUUUUGCGUUUCCCGUUUCCAGUGGCUUUGAAAGAUUUCUCUUGACAUAUCCAAAAUCAGACAACUCAUACAAAUAUAUAAUUUUUAAAAAAAUUUUUUUUUUUUUUUUUUUUUAUGUUAACAGUUUACGUGGAAACAAGUAAAAAUUAUAGCCUUAGGCCAGAAAACUACUCGACACAAGUACAUAAUGCAAAUGCUUGCUCAACAAUUUGAAAGACCGCGGUCUUGUUGUAUGCAAUCUGUUUACUUUGUUCUUGUUGUACUGUGGUGGAAACAAACCUCAGUUCUCAAGGCAGUGAUAGAAUUGCCUUCGAAUGUUUGUGCCAUUAACCAAAAUGUAUUUUUUAUUUUUUUUAGCUGACUAGUUAUGAAUGUGUUGGCAGUUGGCAGGCCAAAAUAUACUUUUUGGUUUUCACGCGUACAGUGCACGUUACGCAAAUUUCACCACCAAAAUAGUACUCGCACCAUCCAGUUGUUGUACUUUGUACACGCAAGUCGCACAUGUGCAAUGACUUGGCUUUGCACUAUUCGGUUGUUCCACAAGAAGGCAGCUCUGGCUGUUGUUUCACAGUAGAAAACAAAACUAAAGAGACAGAAAAACAACAAAAUAGCAGAGACUGCAACAACAACAAGCGCUUGUGUGAAAGGGUUAUGAGAUAGCAGCAACUUUAGUUUUAAAGAGUACAAAUUUAGAGUACAGUAUUUGUAUCUAUCAUAACUUCUGGAAAAAAAUGGAGCAGACGCUGGACAAAGAUUAAGCUUUCUAGAGCACAUGUGUCGACCGCCUGCGUUCACGCAAGCUAUCAAAUGGAGUAUACUUUGAAUGGAGUGCACGUUGCGUACAAACACAACGUAUACUUUGGGCUUAAGGCAGAUUCUUCUCAUUAAUUUGGCUAUCUGGCUAUUUAUAUGGCAUCUGAAAACAGUGAUUGACCGUUGUACAACUCCAAUAGCAAUUUAGUUACAUCAAGGCAAAAAUUUGAUUGGUUUACGAUGCACACCAUGAUCCAAGUUGACCAUUAUGCUUUUUGUCUUUUGGCUGUGAAUAUUGGUAUUUCCCUGUACAGUAAGAUCUCUGGUUAAGGAGUGUGCGUUGAUGUAGGCUAUUUACAGAAUGUGCGAAGGAAAAUAGUAAGUAGUUCACCAUAGAAACGCCAUUGAAGAUCGCAGAUAACUGAUUAUUCCUGUGCCUGCUAGCACCCCUUGUGGCAGUGCUAAGAAUGCAACACAUACUUGUGUUGCAGGCAGUACAAAUUUUGUUACACACUCCAUUGUGUAAAAUCAAACUUGAGUAGCAAGAGUUUGCAUUUGCAUAUUUGUGUAGAGUAUGUUUUAAGCCUAACUGUGCUAAUGUGUUUUACACUAUUAAAUAAAAUAUCUAUAAAAUGGUUUUUAAAACGCUAAAAGGCAUUGUGUAACAGUGUUGACAUAGUUAAUAUUUCUAAAGAAAUCUGAUUUUUUUUUUUUUUGACGCUCUCCAAACUGUAAUCUUCAUUUGGACACUUCUUCAAAAGAUAUAACACCUCCACAACAACAAAUCUAGCAUGCUCACACAAGCAAAACAAGUAUGAGAAUUUGCUUUAAGACAUUGGUUUUCUGUCAUUGUAUUUUUUUUUUUUGUAGUUUAUCCAUGUUUCACUUUUAGCUUGAUGUUCACACUACUCUUAAGGGCUACUUUCAUUUCAGAACUUUGUCUAUUAAGCUUUGAUUUACUAGAAAGAUCUGUUUUGUGACUUUUGUCUGCCAAGAAAGCUUUAAUGUUACUUUUGCUGAAAAAUGACACAUUCAGUUGGACCACAUGUAAAUGCACAUACAUUUAAUCCUGUCUACCUUUGAUUGUGAUCUUUUUUUAAUUUUUUUUUCUAUUUCAAACAGAUUAAUUUCUAUACUGUAUACUUUGUAAUGUGCCAACAUGUCUGGCAAUCAGGCGAUCUUUCCUUUUGUGUGUGUUGUUUUUUUUAAUUUAGGUAAUUUAAGUUAUAUACAAUUCUGUAGGCUACCAGGUGUACUAUUGGAGAAGAUAAAAUAGAUUUUUAUGCAUUACUGUACUAUUUUGGAAAUACGACUUGCCUAUAUUGAUACUGAUGCAAAGAUGUUAAUAGGAACUGUUUCUGACGGGCUUUCAAAGCACUUGGAUUGUCUUCCAUUGUUGAAAGGUAUUGCUGGAUUUGAAAGAUAAUUUUGCAUAUGUUUGGAUUCUGUGGAGAUGUAAAGCACACAUUAUAUUUAUUUGAACAGUA